GUUGGCAACCCUACCUCAACAAGUCUCGGUAAUUUAUUUUGAUCGCACUUAGUAGAGUUAAUCGCAGUUUUUAAGAAUGAGUGCCAGUUCGGGAGGAUCUUGGAUCAACGCCAUCUACGAUGAGGUGGCCCUCGAAGGCCUGGAGGGGGUGACCCUGCCCUAUCUCUGGGUCCUGCUGGCCAGGCGCCUGGAGUUUGCUCCUUCUCCGCUGCCCGAUCGCAUUCGGGAGCAGGCGUGGACCUUGCUGCUUCGCUCUCCGCCCCACAAGAUCGAGUUCUUUGAACUGCCGGCGGAGCGACCUACGAUGCCAUACUAUGACCGCUUGAACGACAUGGACGAGCAGCUGGGAUUGCCCGUGGUGCCGGAGCAGUGUCCCUUCAUGCUGUUUCCGCCCGCCUACGUGCACGAGGGCGACAUCAAGGGCAACUGCAACGACUUCAAGACCCGCAAGCCAAUCCCCUCCAGCGAGCUGCAGGCUCUGAAUGCCGAUCAAGCCACCGAACAGUGGGCUGGCAGGCUCGUGGUGGUGGCCUCGCAGGAACUUCGGGAGUCGGCACUCACCCCCGAUCACCUCAUGAUGCCCAAGAACCUGCCACUACCCAACUACAUCUUCCUGGAGGCCAUCGGUCGGUCGCGUUACAGCGGACACACCACCGGAGGCCCAUGGUCGCUGAUGAACUACAGCAAGGACACUGGAAUCCUCUUUUACAUUAAAAAUAAGUUGAUUAACCUGCAGCUAAUCAUCGCCCAGAACUACAACGAAAUCAAUAAGGGGCGCUUUUUGGCCUCUUCGCUGCUAAUGCUGCCGCGCUUUUACCGGAUCUACAAGAACCACUCGCAGGAGAACUUCGAGAAGCUAUAUCUUGCGAUAACGCGGUCCAGCAAACGCCAUAUACCCGUGACCGAAAUAACCGAGUUGCUGGGCCGCCCAACCAAUUUCAAGACCAAGAAGCUACUAGUGACGCACGCCUUUCGCAAGUUCUUUGAGACCACGCAAGUAGAGCAGCCGGUGCCGCCGCUGACCAAGUCGGGAAAGCAGUCCAAGUCGACCACACGCAAGGUGACCGUGAUACAGCUGCGAAAUCCAAACAUGCAGCUCAAGGAUCUGUACAAAACCGAGGAAACCGAUGAGAGUCCGGCGUCCGAGUUCUUGGAUUUCGGCCACUGCUACCUAGAUAUGCCUCCGGAGGAGGAGGUUCUACGCGCCGUGGCGAGAUUCGGCAAGCGUGGCCUUAAUAGCACCGAAUUGUGCCACUACACGGGUAUUAACGCGACAACAAUGCGUCAUUUCAUCAAGCGAGUAAAGAAAAAUGGAAUGGUCCAGGAGUACUCGGAACAGGUGGGAAAGAGUCGGCAGUUCCGCUUCGUGGCCGUACAGCACUUAGGAGACCGCGCAAAAGAAGAGGAGGUCAAGAAAAAGGAGCUGGAGAUAAAGUGUAAGGAUGAGCCGAAUAUUAUCGAAAGCACUGAUGUGUUGCUGAAGGACAUGCCCGAGAUCGUAACGAAUGCACGACCCGUAGCAUUCAAAAUCAAAAAGACCAGAUUGGGCAACCAGACACAGCGCCUACUUAACCGUCAGAAAAUGAUUGUGCGCCAGAUUGACCAGAACUGUCUGGUGCCGCUGCCGCGAAUGCUAAGGACCGUCCAGGAGACAGAACGCCAGGCAGGCUUCAAGGACGUCCUCUGUCGUCGUUCUUUAAUGCGCAUGCUGCUUCCUAUGGUGGAGAAUCAUAUUUUAAACGUGUUCGAGAUCACCCUUCACUACAACCAGCGAGUUCGCGUCUACCGCUUUGCCACUCACCCAAAGAUCGGGCUUGAUCACGCGGUUAUGAAACGCGAGAUCCUCAAGCUCAAGAGCAACUACCACCUAAUCACCGAGGAGCGCAUAAGGCGCCCAUCACAGAUGCCUCCCAAGGAGCGCAAAGAGGUACUCGCUCGUCGAAAAGUGAUGGCGGAGCGCUCGAGUGUGGUGUUCAAGACUCAGGCGCCCAAACUGCUGCUGGCCAGGACGUUGCACGAGUUCCUCUACUAUCUUCACCACGAGUUGCCGCUGGACCAGAAGCCUCUCGCCAUGACCGCUGAACUUGUGCAGCAGUGGCAAAAAUCGGAACCGGCACUGCAACCACGCCAGUUCUUUGAGGAGUGGCAGGCGGAGGAGUACAAAGUACAGCCCUACACCGAGGAGAUAGGAUGGCGCACCUUUAUACCGCCGUUGCCGCGUUACGAGGACAAGCCAUCUGGUUGGCUCUACUUCAUGGACGCCAUGGACCGAAUGCCGCUCUCGCUAUUUCUGCGCAUCUGUCGCAUAGAACGCGAGUCCAAUGACGAGUUACGUGUCCAGCUUCAGCAUCCCAUCCGCCAGCACUACCUGCUUUCCCAGCUCAGGUUGGAGUCCAUUGUGCCACGACUGAAGUUGCAAACGCUAUACGUGGGAACUCUGCGCUUACUGAACAACAUGGGUCUUAUCCAGGUUAGCGAGCAGAAGCUGGGUCGCGAUUCUUUGCACCGCUGGGUGUACCUUAACCAGCGCACUCGCCUAUUGGACACCACAUCCAGCACUGAGCACAAUUACAUGCAGGUGAGCGCCGACCGCUCGUACACACAGCUCAACUUUGAGUUCACCAACGUAGAGCAACUGGCCAACUACUGGGCCAAGCUGCAGCACAUCUGCAUCUAUACGAAGCUGGGAUACCGUAAAUCUUUAAGCACGCAGAGAAAGCUGCCGGCGCGUCUAAAGGUCGUGGUCUUCCAGCCCACUGUUGGUUUUCAGCAGGCUGUAGAGCUGGAUAACGGAACGGUUCCUGGCGAUCAUCUGGGAGCCGCCGGAUUGAGCUCACAUUUGUUUGCCCACCAGUUCCGCCACUGGUCGUGGGUGCAGCGCCAGAAUGGAGGGAAAAUGAAUGCGGCGAGGGAAAAGGCCAAGAGGCCAGUCCGGAAGCGGGCAGUGAUUUCGCGCCUAAAGAUUGGUCCCCGGGUAGGGGUACGCAAAGCCCGUGAGCUGUCUACCGGUAAGACUGUUAAGAAGUCCGGUCCCCGAGACGACAUCGAUCGGGAUGCCCUGCGAAAUAUGCGCACUCUGCGCGUUAAAUGGACCCCAGAGGAGGACCGCCUUCUCAAGAUGGGCCGGGCCGUAUAUAUGUUCAUAGACGCACCGACGGUUACCUUAGCCCUAUGCGACUUGGCCGUCGUCUGUCGUGACUUGAUACGCCGUUGGCUGGGCAUCUGCAACAAGACAACUCAAGCCUGCGUCCGCCGUGUGCAGUUCAUGGUGAAGAUGAAGCGCGACAUUCCGGACGUGCCCAGUUGGAUAUACGCGAUGCAGACGCAGCCGCAGUUCACCACGGUGUACAACGAUCGUUUCCUAAGCCAGCUGAAGCGGGACUAUCCCAACAAGGCGGAUUUUCAAGGGGCGCUGAUGACUCACUUUGCCCUCAUGAUGGCCAAACUCCAUAGGAUGAUUGCGAAAUCCCAAGGUUCUGUCAGUCGGCAGUUCUUAUUACCAGACUCCUUGGACGCCUUUGCCAACCAACAGUGUCGGUCAGCCCACGAGCAGCAACAGCUGCUCUUUCAGGACCCAGCUACGGAAGAGGAUCUUCAGGUGGCCGUGGCCCACGGAGUUCUGCACAGCAACAUCUGCUGUGCCAAGGACAAGACUCUGCUGAACCUGCAGACGUUCGAGAUCUACAAACACUUCUCCGAGGAAGUGCUAAACUCUGCUUUUAACAAAGCGCGGGCGGACUCGCUGGUGGUGGCCGUAAAACGACGCAAUAUCCAGUCGGCAGCCAGCCGCCAAAUCACAGGACCUGGCCAUUUACUUAGCUCCAAGUACAAGUACCGCCUGACCUACACCAAGCUGACGCACUUCCUCUACGACAACUACUUUGCUUUGGAUCAGAAGUUACGGACGGACCAGGAACAGCAUUUAACAUCACCGCACUUUGCCCAACUCCUCGUGAUGGGUGAGUGGCUGACGGAAAAUCGGCUACGCCUUUCGCUCCAGCUGCCGGCAAAUAUUCUGACUGUGGACACCUCCACCAUGGGCAGGCAAAGUGGUUGUCACUCGGAUCGCAUUCUGGAUCACUAUAGCUGCAUCUUUGACAACGCUCCGCAGACAGAGUACUCUAAGCGGCUGGAGGGCGAGUGCAGUGCACGCCAGGCGUCGCGAUUGCGCUUCCAUCCCGCUAACCUGAGCUUCCGACUUCCGACCAGUGCAUACAACCAGCUCUCCAAACUGCAGUUGCGAGGCAUGCACUUUUUCUGUGCAUUGGAUGCUUUGGGUGAGGCCAUCACUAUAAGUCAGGCGCGUUUGGAUCAGGGCGACUGCCCAUUCGCUAACUGCAUCAUGCGUAGCGGCAACUAUCUGAACGCUGUGGAGCGGAUAGCCCACGAGCAGCGUCCCAUUCUGCGCCAAUUGGUGGCCGAUGCCCUGCCCUCACAGCAGUUCCAUUUGGAAUCUCAUCCAGCGGGCACGCCCUUCACAGUGACCACCUCGAAUCUGCUACCGUUUGCCCAGCAACUGGAGGCGUAUUGGCGGCGAAGUCAACAGGCGAUGGAGGUCAAGGAUCUGGGAAAGCAGCUGGCAGAACGAACUCUCCACAAGCUCACCGACUGGAGGUCCAUUUGUGCCGAACUACUCGACGACGAGCCACAUGCCUGGGAAACGGAUCGCGUUCAGGAGUACGAACCGGCGUUGAACAAAGAAGAACGUGCCCGGGCCCAGGAUGUGUUCGUGGUCCAUUUGCCCACCAUUGGCAUGAAGGUCGUGGAACAGCCGGAAAGCAAGCAGGCAAUUGACAGCCUACGGAAUUCGGUCCUGGACAAGGUGCUCAAGACUACCUACUGGCAGUAUACGGAGAACACCUUUGAUACCCUUCGGCCAAAACUCCAUGAGAGGGGAUUCGACGCACGCGCCAUUCGCCACAUGGAGGACAUACUCAAUCAUAUUGAACAGCAUUCUCUCGGCGUAAAGGGCCUGGAGUUGCGUAGGAUCUUUCCCUUGGGCGACUUUCUUUUGGAAACUUUGCAUCUUCUUGCCGACCACAAUCUCAUCAAACAAGUGGGCAUAGUUAGUAUAAUGUACGUUCACAAAAACCACAUCCGGAAUUGGGUGGUGCACACGUUUCACAUAAAGAGAUUGGAGCGUGAGAAAGUGCAGCCGUUGGUGGCGGCAGCUCCCGGAAAUCUGCUAGCCGUAGUUGGUCACAAGCGCAAACUGGAGGCCCAGGAAAUGGCCAGCUUGGUUCCCGAGAAGAAAAUCAAACUCGUGGAGCAGCAGAGUACAGGGAGUGAGAGCGAUGAGGCUGGAGGAUCUGCGGCCAAGCGUCCUAAGAGGAUUAAGCAAAAGGAGCCCGCCGCUGGGGUUUCUAACUCUUCGCUAGAGGCCUCACGGGAUGCGAUUGCCAUGCGACCGCAGCCGUGGAUCCGGGUGAACGCAUCUCUUAAUCGACGCGUCCUCGAUCGCUGGCUGGGCGCCGUUCUCAGCGAGUGCAUAUCUCGCGUCGGCUGCACUGUGCACAACUUGUUCCUGCGGUUCACGCACAUGGUGCCAGUGGAUAUCAUGUUCCUGCUAGAGCUCCUGCACGAUCUCGGCUGCCUACAACUCAUGGAGAUGCGGCCGCAUAAAGUGCACGUGGAAUCCCUGCUAGAAGAUGACGAAGACGGCGAUGAGCAGCCUGUCAAGGAGCUCUACGAUCCGAUGCAGACCUACGUUCAAGUGCAUGGCAACGCUAUCGGACGACUCACCAACUUUAUUAGCCUCAAGAAAUACAGCACAGAAUUUAUUUAGGGUUCGUUUUAAGAUAUUUCGCCCAAUUAAGAGUAGAUUAGGCCUGCCCUAAUGCUAAAAAGUAUCAUACUUUGUAAGAUAGACUUUAAAUGAUUACUAGAUUUGUAAACUUCUGUUUGAUUAUUCGCUGAGCACACAUUCUCUAUAAAAAAAAACAUUAAAAAUAUACUUUGUUUAAUAUACAUGAUCAAUGGUUUUUGAAACCAAAAGUUUAUCAACUCAUCUGUAACUAUAGUCUCUUUUUAAAUGUUUAACACCAAUAUCCGUAAAAAAUUGCAAAAUUAGUUUGUUUUUAAAAAAAUAUGAACUUUAAUUGUCGGUCAAAUCUUAAAGUGCAGGUCUAAUGAAUAAUCCAGUUUUUAGAUAUCGCUAGGGCGUGGAAUAUUUGCCUCUGAUAGCAAAAGUCCACAGCUAUACAAUAAAGAUCCAAUUGUUUUCAGGCAAAAUAAAUAUUUUGAAAGUUUAA